AUGAAAAAGAGAUUUGUGAUGAUGUGCAUGAUCGUUGGGAUCUGUGUGGCGAAUGUGUGUGAUGAGGGAGGUGAAGUAGGAACUGUUGUUUCUGGAAGUAGUGGGAUCAGUGGAGCGACAAAUUGAUAUUUUUAUAAUGUUGUGGAGGAUCAGGAGAGGGAUUUACUCUAUUUUAUUGGAGGAUGUUCGUUCAGCUCAUACGGAUGGAAUUAUGUGGUGUAUAAGACUGAUUAUAGCCUACGAGAAUUGAAAGUUAUGAGGUAUAAUACUUAUUUCGUGUAUUAUUCAGUAACUAUUGACUCAAAUGGAGACUUCAUUUACCUCAUGGAUAGCUCUUCUAACAAAAUAGUUGAGAUUAGUACUAAUCUUUCUAUAACAAGAGAGUUAACUAUUACUUCUGCUUACUUUAAUUAUUAUUGACAUAUCAGAAUGAAAAACAAUCUGUAUUUUAGCUUUCAACAAAGUUCAAAUAUGUGGGCAUGUCAAUGGGACACCAUAUCAACAAAUCUGAAGUGUUUCACAAUUGGAAUUUAUGAGUACACUAGUCUUGCUCCCAUUAAUACAGAUUUAUUAUUCUUUGGAAUAGUAGCUCCAGGAAGGAACGAAUACUUCCUGGUUAACUACAAUUUUUCAGAUCCUUCAAAUCCAAUCUGGAGGAAAAGCAUCCAAUGUUCUACUUCAAGUUGAUAUGGGCAAUACAGUACAUCCCUACUGAGCCAAAAUGAAGAAUCAAUCUUCACAAUGAUUUUAUAUGACAAUAGCUUUAUUUUUCAUAAGCUAAGUGUAACAAAUGGAUCUCCUCAAAGUGAUGGAUUAAUCUGGAAUGAUAAUAGUCAUAGUUAUACUUACUCGAUGAGAGAAUUCAAUGGCUUCAUUGCUGUCCUAAUCUAUAGUUCAACGUUGGCAAAUUACAAAAGACUAGUUUUGAUAGGUAAAGAGACAACAGAUGUGAUCGCAGAGUAUAAGUCUAUGAACUCACAGUCUUAUGCUGUUGGAAGAUUAGUACAUCAGGGACAAGAAUUGAUGUUCCAUUGUGGAAGAUAUCAAGGAAAUUAUACGUCUUUCUUUGCAAGAUCAUUGACAAAUGAUAUCAAUCAAUUACCAGAGUUUGAAGAAGACACUCCUCGUUUCUCUCGUAUAACUUCAAACUAUCAAAUCUCUGACACAACAUCAAAUCCCAGUUUGACUGUUGCCACAAAAACACUCAUAAUCUCAACAUCUCCAUCAACCACUUCUACAGAUGUGACAGCAAGUGUCAGCUCUUCAUUCACAACCAAAGUUGCAUUGUGGAAUCAAGAUCAUAUUCAGAAUGUUCAAAGCGAUUCGUUAGUGCAAAUAGAUUUCAUUUGGGCUUGUACUCUAUCUGGCAAUUUAACAGAAAUUUCUUUUGGAUUGAAUCAGACUGGAUCCAAUGAGAUCCCUGAGUGGGUGCAGAUUGAGACAGGGAAGCAAGAACUCUACCUGAAUAAGACUCCCAAACUUACAGAGGAAAAGACCUUUUAUUUCUCCUUGAAAAUUUCCUUUGAGAGUGAGGUUCAUUACAAAAGAUUUGAGAUUACUGUGGAGCAAUGAAGUAUCUCAGAAUGUGAAAUGUGACAGUUAGGAAAUUCGACUCUAUGCGAGAAAUGAAAGGAAGGCUUCCAAAUUUCAGCUUCUCAGAAAUCCUGUCCUAAAAUCCAAUCCCCAACUGGUGCAAAUGAAGCUGCAACUACAUUGAUAGCAAUUAGCAUGAUAAUGUCUAGCGCUUCAUCAGUUCUCUCAUUUUCCUCGGCAAAUUCCAUAUUCAGUAUGAUGAACAGCCUCCAACUUGCAAUGCUGCUCCCUCUGGUUCCUCAUUACUUUUCUUACAAAGUUUUGGACUUCUUGAGUGGCAUGGGGUUUUCCAUGCUUUCCUUUGAUUUUAUUAAGCUGGAAGAUAUUUCUUUAAUUAAAGGAAUUAUUACAUGGAUAACUUCUCCCCAGCACAAUGAGCAUCUUGAAAAUAUUGGGAUGAGGUAUGCUAGUUCAAUAAUUAACUAUCUAUCUUUGAUGGUGGUUAUCAUUCUUGUAGGAAUAAUUCACUUAUCGAUACUUCUUUGUUAUAAAAAGUUUGAAAAUUCUGAAAAAGAAAGGCAUAAAAAAUUUAUCGACAAACUUUUCAAAUUUUUUACCUUCAAUAUCUAUAUCAGAAUUUACAUCCAAGCUUUUACUUUCACAACUCUUGCCAUAAGCUCUGAGCUCUACUCCUGUAAUUUCGAUUCCACAACCUCUACUAUCUCUUUCUGUCUCUGAAUGAUGUUCGCUCUUUCCUCAAGCGUGUUAUUCAUCCUCUCAUUCCUGAUGUAUAAAGACUCUUUUUCAGAAAUAGAUGUUGAGGACCGUUGAUAUUGAACUGAAUACUUUAAUGGAGUAAGAAAUACAAAAUACUCCAAGCUAUAUUCUAGCAUGUUCAUGACUCUGAGAUUGUUGCUGAUAUGGUUGGUUAUUUUUGGAAAGAGUAUUGAUCCUCUUUAUAAAGCUUUAGCUUUUUGUUUGAUAAAUAUUGGAUAUGGAGCAUACCUAUUAAUUGUAAGACCACUGGAGAACCCUCAAGAUAAUAUUAUCGAAAUUAUUAACCAGUUCUUAUUUUGCUGCUUAUCAAUCCCUUUAUGCUGGCUCAACACAAAACCAGACUGGAGCUCAUUUUACGAACACUUCUACACAUCCAUCCUAAUGACAUCUCCCGCUAUCGGAAGCAUAAUCUGCUUCAUAUUCCUCCUAAAAUCAAUCACCACCUACACCAACAAGAAGAAAUCCCCACCAAAAAUCACCCCUAUCACCUCUCUCAAAACCCUAGGUCCCCACUCCAAAAUCCCCAGACCCCUUCCCAAGUCCAAAAAUCCACCCUCAAACAUCUCCAUCCAGCUCUCUGCCCAAAAGUACGCUUCAGACCUGAGCCUGCACCACUCUGAAAUCACCAGUACUGUGAAAAUAUCCAAAAUUGACCGUUUGAGGCCUCAAGCGGUUUGUUUUAAGCUGCCUAGGAAGUAAAUAUAUAGGGUGGAGAAUAGGUG